UCUCUCUCUCUCUCUCUCACAGCUCAGCAUCUCCAGUCUCAUGAUGCGUAAAUCCACCGGUCUGAUGCUCCACAGAUUCAGCAUCUAGUCCAUCUGAGACAUUUGUGGAAGGGAUUUGAGUCACAGCUCCUGCGAGAGCCUGCUUAAAAAAUGGCACCCACAAUAGAGCAGCAGUGAUCUGGAUCCGAGCCACAGCAGGGAUGAAUGUCUCACAUGAGUCCUCCUACCAAGAGGAGGUGAUGCUGGGUAACGCCACCUGGGCUUACUCCUAUUAUCACCAGAACUACACCUUAUCCACUCCACUGCUACCGUACAAGACCAGCACUUCAAAACCGGCAGCAUGCGAGCAGCUCCAUAUUGCUAUAGAGGUCUUUCUGAUCCUGGGUAUCAUCUCCCUGCUGGAGAACAUUCUGGUCAUCACAGCUAUAGUAAAGAACAAGAACCUCCACUCACCCAUGUACUUCUUCGUCUGCAGUCUGGCUGUAGCUGACAUGCUGGUGAGUGUGUCCAACGCCUGGGAGACCAUCAUUAUCUAUCUCCUCAACAACAGACAGCUGGUGGUGGAGGACCACUUCAUCAGGCAGAUGGACAAUGUGUUUGACUCCAUGAUCUGCAUCUCAGUCGUCGCGUCAAUGUGUAGCUUGCUGGCCAUCGCUGUGGACAGGUACGUCACUAUCUUCUAUGCACUGAGGUAUCACAACAUCAUGACAGUGAGGAGGGCUGGCUGCAUCAUCGGGGGAAUCUGGACCUUCUGCACGGGCUGUGGGAUCGUUUUCAUCAUCUACUCAGACACCACCCCUGUCAUCAUCUGCCUGGUAUCCAUGUUCUUUGCCAUGCUGCUCAUCAUGGCCUCCCUCUACAGCCACAUGUUCAUGCUGGCGCGUUCACACGUGAAGCGCAUCGCAGCCCUGCCAGGCUACAACUCCAUCCACCAGCGAGCCAGCAUGAAGGGGGCCAUCACGCUGACCAUCCUGCUGGGUAUCUUUAUCGUCUGCUGGGCUCCCUUCUUUCUCCACCUGAUCCUGAUGAUCUCUUGUCCACGGAACCUCUACUGCGUAUGCUUCAUGUCCCACUUCAACAUGUACCUCAUCCUCAUUAUGUGCAAUUCUGUGAUUGAUCCACUCAUCUAUGCCUUCAGGAGUCAGGAGAUGAGGAAAACUUUUAAGGAGAUCAUCUGUUGUUACAGCCUGAGAAAUGCCUGCACCAACAUCUGUGCCCUGACAGAUAAGUAUUAAAAGAGACAAACCAAUGACAGGAUGGGUAGGAUGAACUGACUGGAGCAUAUCCAUGAGAUUCUAACACAACACACUGUUUGAGAACUGGUUCAUUACACAGGGACACAAACACUCAUGUAUAAGAGGCUAGGUUAUUAGGUACACUGUUCGAACAUACAGCAAGGACCAUUUCAAAACAUGAUUCAUUCGAAAGUGCGUCACUGACACAAAUGUUUGUGGCCUUCUUUUUGUUCCAGCUGAUAUUUCUUUUAUCCUUCUGCUUCGACCUUCUUUUUUAAAUCAAUGAGCUGUUACUACCUUUUUCUUUUCACUUCUAUCAUUAGUAAUGCUGUUGUGUAAGAGCACUUACAGACUUGUUUUUGACUACUGUACACAUUGGCGUGAAGCAGAAGAAAAACUCACUCACAGAAUCUGAGCAACAGCAAUAGACUGCAUUCAGAACAGCCCGCCGAUUCAAUUUGAGUGUUAGUAAUGCAUCGUCAUAUAACUUAACAUAACUCGUAACUUAACACACUGAAAUGAUUCUAUUCAUAUGGUAUAUAAUAUAUUUACCCAUAUAAUUCUCCCUGUACUUCAUUGACUCAAUGGUACCUGAAGCUACACAACCCUCAUCAACACAGCCCCUUCCAUUAAUUUUAAAGCAGGCCUGUUUUUCAGUCUAAAAGGCUAUUUAGCUGUUUGUUCAAAUGGCUAAAAUGACUCCUGUUUAAAUAGACCUGUAUUGAUAUAGCACUUUCCUCUCCACUGACCACUUAAAUCACUACAGGAGACAUACAACACUUCCUAUCCAGAGCACUUACAAUGAUACUGAGCUCCCACACAUUCAUACAGCGUCUGCACAGCCAUCAGGAGCAAUACAGGGUUCAGUAUCUUGCCUAAGGGCACCUUGGCUGGACUCGGGAGCUGCGAAUUUAAUUAGAAACCCUCCAAUAACUAGACGACCCACUCUACCAUCUGAGCUGCCCUGUAUACUUACCGAUGACUUGCCUUUCAUCAGGAACCAAAGCAGUUGUAUUAUUAGUGCCACUAUAGCUCUCGAAGACGAGGUUGGAAUUUUCAGUACGGCCGUGUGAAAUCGUGAGUUUACACAGCAGAUUCCUGUUUCUCAUUUUCUACCAACAGUAAAAGGUGAUUUCUUUAACCGUGACCACAGUGUUUUCCUGAGGCAGAUCAAAAAACUGUCAAAAGAAGUAUUUUUGUUUUAGAAGUCUCUUAUAAAUAUGAAUGUGCUGCCAACAGGAACAUCAGACAAGAUUACAACAAACUUCUUUUCCAUUCAGCAAAGAGGACAUCAACACAUUGUUAAAAAACAAGUAUAUAAGCACUCAAAAUGGCACAACACCAACUUCCAGUCUGUCUGAGAUUGUUAAAUAUUGGUCAAAUAUUGAAUUCAACAGUGAUAAAGUAUGGUUUAUUUUUGAGCAGAUCUUCUCCUUAUAAACCAUUUGUUGGAUCAUAUGUUCAAGCUUAGGGCACACAUGCCUGAGGCCAUUGACAAGUCAGACAUGUGUUGACUUGUUUGUUAACUGCUAAUGGUGAAAUAUAGGUUGCUGCUGAACAGCAACCAGUGUUGCUAUCUGCCCUGCCUUCCCCCUGCUGCUGCACUAGCGCCACAGUUAACAAGCAGCUUCCUUGGCACAGCCAUUUCUGCUACGAUUCGAAUGCAGGGUCACUCUUCUGUCUCUAUCUUUAUGUUAAUUAUAACUGCUCUACUCUGACAAUGUGUCACUUGAUGAGCUCUUCAUACCUCCUCCAUGUCCACAGCCUCUGUUACACUAUGUAAAGAUGCCAUGCAGUUACACUUGGAAUGUAAAAAUGAAUGUACAAACAGCUUCAGUGCUCUCUGUUAGAGUGUGUCAUUGGUGCCUACCUCCCAACUAAAAAAGCUCGACUGACCAUCUACUGAAGCUGCUUUUCAUAAGAAGUGUUAUGCAUCAUAUUUUAGUGGUUACUAAACAUUUGUUUAGUGUUGCAUAGUGAUAUUUAUUGUAAAGAGAAAUUAAUACACAUGUAUUAUUAGUAUCUUCAGACUCAUGGUAUUUUUAAUGCACAGUGGCAGCGAUAUAAGAGAUGUUUUUGGAGCAAACAUGACAACAAACAGAGAACAUUAUAAAAAAGAUGUUAUUUUCUGUAAUGUGUUGUAGUUGCCUUGCUGUAGCUUUCAUUAAUGGUUAUUGUAAGUGCUUUUCAAUUAUGAGAUCAAAACAAGAGCAUAUGAAUACGCACACAAAUGUACACAACAUUAUGCUCCUACAUGAAAAAGAGCUUUUAUUAAAACCUGUAUGUUUUUUGGUUUGUUUGUUUUCUCUGUACAUUUAUUUAAAGACAAAUCAGUGAUCCAUUUUUCACCUAACCAACAGGAUACAUCUGUGAUUCUUUGUUAUUGUUUGUUGUGAUGUACUACAGUCCUUGUUCCCACAGAAGCUACAUUAAAAACAAUGCUAAUUAAUGUACAGUGAGACAAUAUUAACAACUGUGGGGACGUGUUUCAUGUUAAUUCAUUGUAAAGUGAUGGCAUGCAAAACUAUAAAUGUGCGCUUUAUUUGAAAUUAAUGUCAGUGGUUGACCAUGUUGCAUAAAAAUAAUUAUUUUAUUUAUGUGUCUGAAUAAAAGCAAAAGGUAAAAUGG